UUUAAUAUUUAAGACAUGUUGACGCACACGAGCUUUUUCUCGGAAGAGACCGGAUUUUCCCUAUAUGGAAGAACUAAGAAUCUGAAUCCAGCCCCUUUGGUUCCUUUUGCACGAUCCGAAAUUCUAAUUUCAUCUGGUACGGCCAUGGCGGAAUCAUCGAAGGAAGACCUGUUCCAGUUGAUCAAACGGUUCAGGGCUUAUCUCUCUGUGAGAAUGUCCAGUAUCUUCCCGAUCUCUCUCCUGAACAUGGACCCACGAUCUGUUGGGGCUGUCACGGGCCUUGCUCUCGCAAUAGUGUUCACAUGGAGGCUCUUGAGGUCACCUAGUGAGCCUCAGAGAAGGCAACCAAAACACCAAGCACCUUCUACUAGUAGUUCUGUUGUAGGUGUUCAAUCAACUGCAACAUCAGGACCUUCUGGAGUUCCACCACAAUCAGAGUAUCUAAGAGCACAAAAUGUUGUUGAUGAGUUCUUCCAAACUGUAAAACCAACAUUGGGGCAAAUCGUUAGGCAGAGAUUGAGCGAAGGAAGAAAGGUAACUUGUCGCUUGGUUGGAGUAAUUCUUGAAGAAAGUAGUCCAGAAGAGCUUCAGAAACAAGCAACUGUGAGGUCCUCAGUGUUGGAAGUUCUGUUGGAAAUCACGAAGUUUUGUGAUCUUUAUCUUAUGGAAAGAGUUCUUGAUGAUGACAGUGAAAGAAAUGUUCUUUUGGCUUUGGAAAAUGCGGGAGUAUUCACAUCCGGUGGUUUGAUCAAAGACAAGGUUCUCUUUUGUAGUACAGAGAUUGGACGCACGUCUUUUGUUCGCCAAUUGGAACCAGAUUGGCAUAUCGACACGAAUCCUGAAAUCGUCACACAGUUAGCUAGGUUCAUCAAAUAUCAGCUUCACGUCUCUCCUACCAGACCAGAAAGACAUGCAUCUAACGUGUUCAGCUCUACAUCAUUGGAACUGUUCUUUGGAUCCCUUUGACUCUAAAACCAAGUCGAAGAUGCAAAAAUAAUUAAAAACUUGUUGGAUUCUUCUGCAACAUUCAUCUGGCAUCCUCCACCAGAGGUAGUUGUUGUAAGUUUCUCUUCUGAUUCUUGUAGAAGCCUUGUUUGUUUAAAAUUUGUGGAACAGGUUGUCACUAUCUAAAUUUGUGAACUGGAGUUCCCGGUCAGAAGGAUACAUAAUCAUGGACAAUAGUUUUGCAGUAGAGUAGCCGGUCUGCCACAUGGCCUAUGAGGGUUCUGUGGAUGCAUAUUUGUUAUUGUUCUCUGUGUGCAGAUGUAAUGAUUGGCAUGAAGAACUUACAAAAGAAAUGGUCUGUAGAAAUUUUUUUUUGGUUUUGAUGCACACUUGUAGUUGCAGUCACAUGUAAAAACCAUUUUGAACUUGUUUUGCGAAGUUGACCUCCUUAAAUUCAAUGGCUGGCUGGAGUUGAUGAUGUCUCUAUUA